AUGUCUGGGUCCUGCUUCCACUGUGAAAGUUGUAACGGGGAACUUGUGGUUGCAAGUGACAGCCAUGCAAGGCGGCAGCGGGGUCAAGAAUUAAAAGACACGCUUCAGAGGAUGGAGGUACAGAUGAAGCCAGUAACGGAACAACUUGACAGAGUUAAAGACUUGGCUUUUCCUGAAUUCGGAAGCCUCCAAGAUUGGGAAGCGAGUGGAAGGCCAAUGUACAUAAAGAGUGUUGAAGUUGAAGUUGAAUUUUGUUGGAUUGAAGGACAGGUGGAAGAGGCUCCUAGUCGUCAGUCGGCGUCAAGUCAAAGCGUGAUGAGGAUCCAGCAGAAGACAAUGUAG